AUGGGCCUCAAGAAGCACAACGAGCCUUCGGGCCAUGCUCUGGCAGAGGUGCUUCCUCGGGACUCUAAACCUUGGUACCGUGUGCCACAUCUUCUGAAGCUCAAUCUGUUACUCCUGAUCCCACUCAUGUCCUCCUCCGUGGCUGGCUUUGACGGUUCGUUGAUGAACGGACUCCAAGCACUUCCAUCAUGGAAAAACGACUUCAACAAUCCCAAGGGCCACACUCUCGGCUUCGUCAACGCCGCCCAGUCAUUCGGUUCCAUCCUCGCCCUGCCUCUCUGCGGUCUCCUCUCCGACAAGAUCGGCCGAAAGAAGACGCUUCUCCUCGGCGGCUUCGUCAUCACGCUCGCUUCGGUUAUCCAAGCUGCUGCGGUCAACUAUGGCAUGUUUGUAGCUUCACGAGUCCUGGUGGGCGUUGGUGCGAUUACCAUCAUCCAGCCGAGUCCGAUGCUUAUAUCUGAGCUGUGCUAUCCUACUCAUCGUGGAAUCUACACGGCGCUCUUUUGGACUUUUUACUACUUUGGUUCUAUUAUUGCUGCCUGGAGCACAUAUGGCUUGCAAAAGCACAUGCCGGCUAGUGUUUGGGCGUGGAGGGGCCCUUCCAUUUUGCAAGGUGGUCUUCCUAUCCUCCAGCUUCUGUUUUGGUGGAAGCUCCCCGAGUCCCCUCGAUGGCUUAUUGCCAACGACAGAAGCCAAGAGGCCAGAGCUACUCUCGCGACAUUCCACACUGGCGGUCACGAGGAUCACCCCCUUGUCACAUUUGAGAUGAAUGAGAUCACCAGAGCUCUCGAGAUUGACAAGGCGGCCGAGGGUGUCAAGUGGACCGCCCUUGUGGCAACACCUGGUAAUAGGAAGCGAACCUUGAUCACUUGUUUACUGGGCUUCUUCUCUCAGUGGGUUGGUAACAGUGUCGUCUCUUUCUACCUUACUCUAGUUCUCGACACUGUCGGAGUCAAGGACCCCGAUACCCAGACUCUGAUCAACGGCCUACUGCAACUCUUCAACUUUGUCGCUGCCAUCAUCGCAGCAUUCUUAGUCGACCGUCUCGGUAGAAGAACCCUCUGGAACUGGUCCGGUAUUGGCAUGCUCAUUUCAUUCGUCAUCUGGACCAUUUGCUCCGCCAGGUUCACUAUUGAGAACUUGAGCGGGCUGGGAGUCGCAGUUAUUGUCUUCAUCUUUGUAUACUUUUUCCACUACGACUUGGCAUACACGCCUCUUGUCUUUGCUUAUCCCACCGAGAUUCUACAGUACUCUAUCCGGUCCAAGGGAUUGAGUCUUGAGCUUGGUAUUGUGUACGGCUCACUUGUGGUUCUAUCGUUUGUCAACCCUAUCGCACUUGAUGCUAUUGGCUGGCGCUACUAUAUUCUCUUCUGUUGCAUCACGGCUGUUUCUGUUGUCGCGAACUGGCUUCUUCUCCCUGAGACAAAGGGCCGUUCUUUGGAGGAGAUUAGCGAAUUAUUUGAUGGACAGGAUGUUGCUGGAGCUGCGAGGGAGGCCACGAAACUGGAGUAUGGAGAUGUCAGUCACAUUGAUGAGAGGGAUUUCUCCAAGGCGGAUGAGUAG